AGAUAAGACUCAAAAUUUGGAGAAAAAAAGAAGAAGAAGAAAAGAUGGAGAAGAUAGCUCACAGGACGGUGGCGGUGAACGGGAUUAACAUGCACGUGGCGGAGUCCGGGGAAGAGGGGCGGCCGUUGGUGCUCCUCCUCCACGGCUUCCCGGAGCUCUGGUACUCCUGGCGCCACCAGAUCCGCUUCCUCGCCGCGAGAGGCUACCGCGCGGUGGCUCCGGACCUCCGGGGCUACGGCGGCACCACGGGGGCCCCCAACGAUGACCCGUCCAAGUUCACGGUGUUCCACGUCGUGGGGGACCUCGUGGCCCUCCUGGCGGCCGUAGCCCCGGGGAGUGCAGAGAAGGUGUUUGUGGUUGGGCAUGACUGGGGGGCAAUCAUUGCCUGGCAUCUGUGCCAGUUUAGGCCAGAUAGAGUGUGGGCUCUGGUGAGCCUCAGUGUUCACUACAUCCCUAGGGACCCAAACCUCAGCCUGGUUGAUCUCUUGAGAGCUGCCUAUGGAGAUGAUCUCUACAUCUGCAGAUUCCAGGAAGCAGGGGAGAUUGAAGCAGAGUUGGCCCCUGUGGGGGUGAAGGAAUGCAUGAAAAACUUCAUGGCGUUCCGCAAGCGAGAGCCAUAUUACUUCCCUAAAGGCAAAGGGUUUAGUGCUAAUAUCAAAGAUGGUUCGGCCGCCAGUCCUCUUCCUCCCUGGUUGCCGGAAGAAGAUUUGGAUUACUACGCGGCUCAGUUUGAGAAGACCGGCUUCACCGGGGGAAUCAACUACUACCGAGCUCUUGAACUGGACUGGGAGCUAAGUGCACCAUGGUGUGGGGCAAAAGUGAUGGUGCCAACCAAAUUUAUGGUGGGAGAAGAGGACUUGGUGUAUCACAUUCCAGGGGCAAAAGAGUACAUUCACAAUGGCGGGUUCAAGGACCAGGUCCCACUUCUGGAAGACGUCGUCGUACUUAAAGGCGUGGGUCACUUCAUCAACCAAGAAGCGCCCGAGGAGGUCAACAACCUCAUCUACAACUUCAUCAACAAGUUUUGAACUUUCUUAUUAUUGCAAAUAACGAAGCCAUGUGACUAUGGUUUCUAUGGUUUCCAAAACGUGCAAGUGGAUGUUUCGUUUGAUUGCAAAUAUAAAGCUUUUGUUCUCUUCGUGGAUCUGAUUGUAGGUAUAUCUAAAAGUGUUUCUUAUGUGAUUUUGUUUGAUCCGAUUUCAAUAAGAAUAAGUAAUAAGUAGGGGUUACACAC